AUGGCUUCUGGACAAGUACAUUCAGUACUUUUUGAGGGUUCAGAAGUUUAUGAGUAUGGUACAGCAGAUAACCUGCAGUUUUAUCCCUCGACAUACGGAGAUCCCGCGGCAGGCUAUGCUGCCUCAACCAGUGGAGCUUAUUAUUCUCCACCAAGCGUUCAAACAUAUCCACACACUGGUUAUCAUGGGGGGAGCUCUGGAAGUUUUUGGAGUGCUUUUGGGACUGGAGGUUUUGCCGAUGAACCACCAUUAUUAGAGGAACUCGGGAUCAAUUUUGGACACAUAAAAUCAAAGAGUUUGGCAGUAUUGAAUCCCCUUGGGACUGUUGAUAAACAUAUAAUGGAUGACACAGACCUAGCAGGACCUCUUUUAUUCUGUUUAAUAUUUGGAACUGGUAAAGUUCAUUUCGGGUAUAUUUAUGGGGUGGCUGUGCUAGGAUGGUUGUCGAUAUAUUUAAUUUUAAAUAUGAUGAGUGAAUCGGGAGUGGAUGGAUAUCGAACUGCUAGUGUAUUGGGAUACUGUCUUUUACCUUUAGUUCUAUUGAGUUUAAUUGGUGUGGUGGUUCCAUUAAGUGGGCCAAUUGGUCUAGUCGCUUCUGGUCUCGCUAUUGGAUGGUGUACAUAUUCAUCAUCAACAAUGUUUGUCACUGUCUUGCAAAUGUCAGAACAACGUCUAUUAGUCGGGUACCCGGUAGGAUUGCUGUACGUAUGUUUUGCGUUGAUGACAAUAUUUUAA